AUGGUCGCACCGUAUGUUGAACCGGCUGCGGCGAAAUCCACCUCGGUCUUCAAGGAAGACAUCUUCAAGGGCAAGGUGCUCUUCUGCACCGGUGGCGGCUCUGGCAUUUGCAAGGGCAUGACUGAAGCGAUCAUGAGGCACGGUGCGAACGCCACCAUCGUUGGCCGCAAGCUUGAACGACUCCAGGAAACCGCGAAAGAGCUCGCGGCUGCUACCGGGCAGGAAUGCCUCGCGACCCAGGCGGACGUAAGACAGCCGAAGCAGCUCCAGGAUGCGGUUGCAAAGACGAUCGAAAAGUUUGGGAGAAUCGACUUCGUCAUCUGCGGUGCGGCUGGGAACUUCCUCGCGCCGAUCUCCAGGCUGUCCGAGAAUGGCUUCAAGACCGUUAUCGAAAUCGACGCGAUUGGGACGUACAACACCAUCAAGGCGACGCUCCCCCACACUCGCGCCUCGAAGGGGUCGUACAUCCACGUGAGCGCGACCCUGCACUGGAAGGGCACCCCGUACCAAGUGCACGUCUCCGCAGCGAAAGCCGCCGUGGACGCGACCUCCGCGGUGCUCGCAGUCGAGGAAGGCCCCCACGGCGUCCGCUCGAACGUGCUCGCGCCCGGGCCCAUCGGCGGCACGGAGGGCAUGGACCGGCUGAGCGCCAAGGGCCCCGACGCGGACCGGUACGGGCUCCACUACCCGCUCGGGCGCGACGGCGAGGUCGCGGACGUCGCGAACGCGGCCGUCUUCCUCUUCUCGCCCGCCGCGCGCUACGUCUCCGGCCAGGUCUUCGCCGUCGACGGCGCGUGCGAGCACGUGCGCGGGAUGCAGCUCCCGUACCCGACCGCGGUCCUCGACCCGGACGCGGUCGCGCGCAUGAUCAAGCCCCGGCUGUGA